AUAUUCGUCCCCGUCUCUAUCUUUUUUUGUUUCUCUCUUUCUUUUGGCCCACCACCACGAGACUCUGCUUUGCCCUCUCAAUCCCCCACUCUAUAAAACCUUAAUUAUAUCUCAUUCUAUGGCAGAAGAGCAUCAUCUACCGCCAGAAGAGCAGCAUAACUCCUCACCCAAAAUGACCCAUGAAAAGCACUUUGACCACAGAAGACCACUCCGUGCCCUCUGUGCAUUCCUUCUCAUCUUCCUCCUCCUAGCCGGUGUAACCGUCCUAAUAGUCUGGCUUGUCUACCGCCCACAAAAGCCCAAAUUCACCGUUGUGGCCGCCGCCAUCUACGAUCUCAACAUCACCUCCCCACCCUUCAUCUCCACCUCCAUGCAGUUCACCCUUGUGACAAGAAACCCCAACAGGAGAGUCACCAUAUACUAUGACAAGCUCACAUCCUACGUUUCUUACAAAAACCAGAUGAUUACACCACCAGUCGUUCUGCCUCCCCUGGUUCAUAACAAGAAAAGCACGGUGGCGUUUUCCCCUGUGAUGGGUGGGCCAGGGGUGCCUGUCUCUGCUGACGUGGUGAAUGGGUUGACAAUGGAUGAGGCUUAUGGGGUUGUGGGUUUGAGGGUUGUGAUCAUGGGGAAGUUGAGAUGGAAAGCUGGAGCUAUAAAGACUGGGAGGUAUGGGGUUUAUGUCAAAUGUGAUGUUUGGGUUAGUUUGAAAAGGGGGUUUGUAGGUCAAGUGCCUCUGCUUGGAACACCACUCUGUCAUGUUGACAUAUGAUGGAUAAUGGAUUGAGCAGAUGGAUUCAAGUGUAAGGACAAGUUGUAAGCUCUAAUUAAUUUUAUUUUCUCUUUGGGUUUAUGUAAAUUUUGUUAAAUUAGUGUGCUUUAUUUUGUUCUGUAAACUUUGUGCUUCUGCUGCUGCUUGUAACAGAGAGAAAGGCAGAGAAACAAGGAUAUAGUUUAGUUUCUUCCUUCUUGUUCUUCUCAUCAGAUUUCUUUGCAUUUGUCAUUUUGUUAAUUAGUGUUCAGUACUGGGUGUAUGAUAAUAUUGAAGAAACACGUGGUGCUGCAUGAA